UUGAAUUCUUCUUCUUCUUCUUCUUCUUCUUCUUCUUCUUCUUCUUCUUCUUCUUCUCCUUCUUCUUCUCUCCACUUCAUUUUCUUUUUCGUUCUUCUUCUUCUUCUCCUUCUUCUUCUUCUUCUUCUCUCCACUUCAUUUUCUUUUUCGUUCUUCUUCUUCUUCUUCUUCUUCUUCUUCUUCUUCUUCUUUCUUCUUUUCUUUUCUUCUUCUUCUUCUUCUUCUUCUUCUCUCCACUUCAUUUUCUUUUUCGUUCUUCUUCUUCUUCUUCUUCUCUCCACUUCAUUUUCUUUUUCGUUCUUCUUCUUCUUCUUCUUCUCUCCACUUCAUUUUCUUUUUCGUUCUUCUUCUUCUUCUUCUUCUUCUUCUUCUUCUUCUUCUUCUUCUUCUUCUUCUUCCAUGACGACGACUGCUGCUACUACUGCUGCUAUUUCUGCUGGUGUUAUUACAGCGUUUUCCAUUCUUCUUCUUAUUAUUAUUAUUAUUAUUAUUAGUGUUAGUUUUCCUUCUUUAUUUUCUUCGUCUUCUGUGUUUUCUUUCUUCAUUCGUCUUUUUUCUUCUCCUUCAUCUAUUUUUUCUACUUUUUCCUUUCUUUUACUUUUCAUUCUUUUUACCUUUUUAUCAUUCUUCAUUUAUAUUUUUCUUUCUUUCUUAGUCUUCUUCAUUCUUUUUCAUAUUCGGCAUCAUUCCCCUUUAUUUUUUUUUUUUACUUGUUUCAUCAUCUUUCUUUUUCUUCUCUUCCUUCUCCUUCAUUUUUCCUUCUUUUUCUUCUUCUUUCUCCAUUUCAUUUUCUUUUUCGUUCUUCUUCUCCAUUAUCCUCCUCUCUUUCUUCUUCUCCUACUACAUCUUCUUCUUCUUUUCGUACUUCGUUCGUAUUUCUUGUUUCUUUCUCUUUCUUACCAUUUUCUCUCCUUCUUUCUUCUUCAACUUCUUUCCUCAUUCUUUUUCUUUCGUCUACUUUCUUCUUUUUUUCUCUUAUUUUUCUUCCUUUUUCUUUACUUCUUUCUUUCUUUCUUUCUUUCUUUCUUUUUUCUUUCCUGCCUUCUUUAUUUUUCAUUCUUAUUCUUCUCCGUCAGUCGUAUUACUCUUUUUACUUUCUUUCUUUCUUUCUUUCUUUCUUUCUUUCUUUCUUUCUUUUUCAUUCUUAUUCUUCUCCUUCAGUCGUAUUUCUCUUUCUUUCUUUCUUUCUUUCUUUCUUUCUUUCUUUCUUUCCUGCCUUCUUUAUUUUUCAUUCUUAUUCUUUUCCGUCAGUCGUAUUUCUCUUUUUUCUUUCUUUCUUUCUUUCUUUCUUUCUUUCUUUCUUUCCUUCUUUAUUUUUCAUUCUUAUUCUUCUCCUUCAGUCGUAUUUCUCUUUCUUUCUUUCUUUCUUUCUUUCUUUCUUUAUUUUUCAUUCUUAUUCUUCUCCGUCAGUUGUAUUUCUCUUUUUUCUUUCUUUCUUUCUUUCUUUCUUUCUUUCAUUCUUUCUUUAUUUUUCAUUCUUAUUCUUCUCCUUCAGUCGUAUUUCUCUUUCUUUCUUUCUUUCUUUCUUUCUUUCCUUUUUAUUUUUCAUUUUAUUCUUUCCGUUUCUUUUUUUUCCUUUCCUUCUUUCCUUCUUUAUUUUUCAUUCUUAUUCUUCUCCUUCAGUCGUAUUUCUCUUUCUUUAUUUAUUUCUCUCUUUCUUUCUUUCUUUCUUUCUUUCUUUUUCCUGCCUUCUUUAUUUUUCAUUCUUAUUCUUCUCCUUCAGUCGUAUUUCUCUUUUUUCUUUCUUUCUUUCUUUCUUUCUUUCAUUCCUUCUUUAUUUUUCAUUCUUAUUCUUCUCCUUCAGUCGUAUUUCUCUUUCUUUCUUUCUUUCUUUCUUUCUUUUUCCUUCCUUCCUUCCUUCUUUUCUUCUCCGUCAUUUUUCAUUUUUAUUCUUCUCUCCUCAGUCGUAUUUCUCUUUUCUUUUCUUUCUUUCUUUCUUUCUUUCCUUCUUUAUUUUCAUUUUAUUCUUCUCCUUUCUUUUCUCUUUCUUUCUUUCUUUCUUUUCUUUCUUUAUUUUUUUUCAUUCUUAUUCUUCUCCUUCAGUCGUAUUUCUCUUUCUUUCUUUAUUUCUUUUCUUUCUUUCUUUUUUUUCUUUUCUUUCCUUCUUUCUUUUCUUUCUUUCCUUCUUCUUUAUUUUUUCAUUCUUUCUUUCCUUUCUUUCCUUCAGUCGUUUGUCAUUCUUUUCUUUCUUUCGUUUUCUUUCUUUCUUUCUUUAUUUCUUUCUUUCCUUCUUCUUUAUUUUUCAUUCUUAUUCUUCUCCUUCAGUCGUAUUUCUCUUUCUUUCUUUUUCUUUCUUUCUUUCUUUCUUUCUUUCUUUCUUCCUUCUUUAUUUUUCAUUCUUAUCCUUCUCCUUCAGUCGUUUCUUUUUUCUUUCUUUAUUUCCUUCUUCAUUAUUUUCAUUCUUUUCUUUCUUUCGUAUUUCUUUUUUCUUUCUUUCUUUUUUCUUUCUUUCUUUCUUUCUUUAUUUUUAUUUUCAUUCUUAUCCUUCUCCUUCAGUCGUAUUUCUCUUUCUUUAUUUAUUUCUCUCUUUUGGCUUUCUUUCUUUUCUUUCUUUCUUUUUCCUUUCUUUAUUUUUCUUCUUAUCCUUCUCUUCUUUAUUUUUUCAUUCUUUCCUUUCUUUCUUUCUUUCAGUCGUUUUUUUCAUUCUUUUCUUUCCUUUCUUUUCUUUUUCUUUCUUUCUUUCUUCUUUCUUUCUUUCUUUCUUUCUUUCUUUCUUCCUUCCUUCUUUAUUUUUUCAUUCUUAUUCUUCUCCUUCAGUCGUUUUUUCUCUUUCUUUAUUUCUCUCUUUCUUUCUUUCUUUCUUUCUUUCUUUCUUUUCCUUUUAUUUUUCUUUCUUCUUUCCUGCCUUUUCUUUUAUUUAUUUCUCUCUUUCUUUCUUUCUUUCUUUCUUUCUUUCCUUCUCCUUUCCUGUCGUAUUUUUCAUUCUUAUCCUUUAUUUAUUUCUCUUUCUUUUAUUUAUUUCUUUCUUUCUUUCUUUCUUUCUUUCUUUCUUUCUUUCCUGCCUUCUUUAUUUUUCAUUCUUAUUCUUCUCCUUCAGUCGUAUUUCUCUUCUUUCUUUCUUUCUUUCUUUCUUUCUUUCUUUCUUUCUUUCUUUCACUUUUUCACUGUCAUUUAUCCACUUAUUUUCCUACAUUCUUAAUCCUAUACAUUUCCUCUACAAUUUUAUCGCCUUUUUCAUUCACCCCUACACCAUUCUUAUGA